AUGGUUAUAGUCGCAGGGUCGUUUGUUCUAACCCCCGCGGCGGCUCUCCGAUAUGAAAGAUACGACCGCAAGGUCAAACAAUUAAGCCAGGAAGAGGCGAUGGAAUUGGGUCUGAAAGGGCCGGAUGGGGAAGAAGGAAUUAGAAGGAACCCGCGCAGAAGGAUUUUAGGAGAUGAAAGGGAAGAAUAUUACCGGCUCAUGGCCAAAGACUUAGAUAAUUGGGAGCAGAAACGAGUCCAGAGGUUUAAGGGGGAGCCCGAUGGGAAGCUCUAA